CUGUAUGUAGGACACCGGCUGAGCGGUUGCAUUUGCCUGGCAACUUCCUUCUAUGCAUGUCAAACAUGGCGCACGUCAAACUAGCCAGAAAGUGAAAUGGAGAGUAAAUGCGCUUGCGAUUAGGAGACAACGAAACAUCAGAAGUCACCAGUCAUGUGGCCGAUGGUGUUAGACUAUACAAAAGAUGAAUGCCAAAGAAUGCUUCGGAAACUGGAAUUGGAGGCAUAUGCUGCUGUGGUGUCAGCCUUCCGGGCCCAAGGGGAGCUGACCAAGGACAAGAAGAAGACUCUGCAAGAACUGAGCAAUAUUCUUUGCAUAUCACUAGAACGGCAUCGUGCGGAGAUACGGAGGGCUGUAAAUGAUGAGCGGCUGAACACCAUUGCGGAACGCAUUGUGGGUCCCAACACAUCAUCCGACUGGGCCAUUGAAGGCCGACGCCUGGUGCCGCUGAUGCCUCGGCUAGUGCCACAGACAGCCUUCAGUGCACUGGCCAACAACGUGGCCAACAGCUUGGCAAAUGCUCAGGCAUCCAAGAGUGCCGCUGCUGCUCCCACUGCUGCUCCCGCUGCUUCCGGUGUCACUGCUUCCCUUGAAAAGGAGUUGCUUCACAUUACUGGAAAUGGUCCCAGCACAGCCAUGCCAUCAUGUUCGGGGCUCAACGGUCCAACGACGUCACCUCGACCACUGCAGGCCACUGCAGUUGUGUCUCCCAGCGCAGCGUGGAUGCCACCAACCACCACUGGUACGAUGGCAAAAGCACCGAGCCCAGCUGGUGUGAAGACAGAGCCUCUGCCGACAGUCCCAGAUGUUUCUCAAGCAGAUGAGGACAACGCCACGCGCAAGAGGAAGCGCUCCCUCAGCUUAGACUCCCUGCCAUCGCCACUAGCUGGCAACGCAACUGCUUUAGUGGCUGUGACUAAGCCUGCUUCUACCACUGCCCCCGCCACCGCUGUCACUGUGACUACUCCCGUGGCCACCCCUGCUGCGGCUGCUCCUGCACCUGCCCCUAUCGCUGCGCCGCUCACACGAGUUACCAGCAACGGUCCUGUUGUGACAAAGGUCGUGGUCCCGACAUCACUUCCUGGUGCCACUGCAGCUGCCUCACCAGGCAUAAUGACGAAAGUAGUUAACCUUCCAUCGGUGUCCACCCCACAGCUCAGAGUUCCCAUGGCGCCAACGCAAAGGACAACCAGUGUGCCAGCAAGCUCUCAAAAGGUGAUCCUGGUGUCCACAACAGCAGCACCCAGCUCCAUGUCUUCAAACCUGCUGCAGCCCCCUCUGAGUGUGCCUGUGGUGAAGACGGUGUCGGCACCGGGCACGACACCACUCGUGCACCAGGGCAAGGCACCCAUGGUCAUGGGCCUACAAGCCUCCUCAGCCAGUCAUCCCUCCUGCUCUUCAACCGCUGCUUUCACCAGUGUUGCAUCUAUUGUCAGCGCUCCAGUGCCAUCAGCAUCCGUGUCGGUGACGAGCGAGCCUGGUGUGGUGCGCCUGCGGCCACGGGCGGUGACGGUGAACCCCCGGUUGCCUGUCCGGGUGCCUCGCAUCCCUACACCAGUGCCUCCUUCGAUGGGCGGUGGUCCCCCGCAGCUGCCCUGCCCGUCGCCCUCGUACGGCAAGGCCACAAUCUCGGUGCCCAAGGGGGCCAUCAUGCAGUAUCGCCAGGAAGGCAGUGAGUGGCUGACCUUUUGCCAUCCGCCACCUGCUGGUGGCCUGGGGGCAGACGACAUCGGUUGGAACAGACGAAAAACAGUGAAGAUAAUUGCUCAAAGCCAGCUGCCCAUCUCUGGCACCAAACUUGUGACCAAGGCGGGCCCUGGCUCCUCCAUUGCCACCUCCUCUUCCUCCUCCUCCUCCACUUCCCUCAACGUGGCACCACGGGUUUCCACAGUCUCCAUUACAAGCAAUCAGACCCGGGUAGUGAAUGUGAUCACGACGUCGCAGCCUGGUGUAGUGCGAACUCUGAGCCGAACAGUGACCCCCGGUACAUCAGGUUUGAGCCAACGCCCAAGUCCCACAGGGCUGCGACCCACACUGGGCUCAGGCGCAAAGCCUAACGUGAUUGUCGUGCACAAGGCCCAGGUGUGGCCUCAAGCUCAGCCUGGAAUGGCAUCGUCAUCAUCUCAUCUCAGCCGGUCUACGGACUCUGUUACAUAUCUUCAAAGGCAAGAUCGACCCAAGACCAGUGUUGGGGCGUGCGGCACUGUGACAGUUGUCAAGACGUCAGUUCCUGUUCCCCAGCCCUGCAUCGCACCUGUUGUGAGGGUGUCCAGAGAGACCAGUGUAAAAACUGUACCACGUCUGUCCAUGCCCGUGAGAAAGCCACCUGAGCAGUCCUUAGAUGGUAACAGCAGCAGCAGCAGUGGCGGCUCUGCUUCCGGAAGCAGCGGGGGCAGUGGGGGCAACAACAGUAGCCUUCUGGCUGAGUUGAUGCAGGCUGCAGGCAUCCUCCAAGACGAGGGCGACAGUGGGCGGCCACCCCCACUUCUGGUAGUCGGUGAAGACGCUGUGCCACCAGCCGAGGUCGAAGUGGCCAUUGACACUGUGCCCUUGGACGACAAUGCUGUGAUAUUAGACGAUGGCCACCUGUUGGCGGACAGCGAGGAAGUGAACUUAGGGGAGACCACCCCAGGUGUAGUUGUGGAGGAGGCCCCGUGCCUGCUUCAGGACCAUGUGGUCUGCCACGAAGUGGAACUGGUCGCCCAGCCUGGACUACAGCUUGAGGUCGUUUCAACAUCACCUGCGACAGAAAGUAAUCGUGCUCAAACUUCCCAGAAUGGUCAAAUUGCAACCAAAGAACCAGCAAGCCAUAAAGUUUUGCCAAGUACAUCGUCCACAGCUGAACAACCAAAACUGAAAAGUGCGAACAGUGGCGGCACGUCGCCAACGCCAGCACCUGAAAACAGAUUGGACAGGCCUCGCAGCCCUCACAGGAAACGGCCGGGCUCUGAUGAUGGAAAGGAUGUUCCUGGUGCCAGCAAUGGUGUUGUGGCUUGUGGAGUUGCUGAACGGCUGGGUCUGAUGGUUUCUGGUACCACUGCCAUUCCCAUAUCAUCUACCAGCAUAGUGCAAGCGACUGACACUGCCCAAGCUCAAAGACCUGCCACCAAUUCGCCAGCAAUAGUUGCCACACAGCCUGCCCAGCUUGUCUCUUCAGAGCCUCUAAAGAAAGCAAGUAGUCUGUUGCGGCAGACUAAUAACUCUGAUCUAGCCGUCCCUGGCCCUAGUAAAAUGUCCGCCAUAGGUUCAACAUGGAAACCCAGUAGGAAGUCGCCGCCUCCUGGACCAAGUUCGACAGGAGGGCAACAGCCUAACGGGCCUCAGCAACCCAUUGUUCAUGUUCAACCAGUGCCACCUGUCAGCAUGAGUGAAGCACCGUCGACGUCUAAUGGACCUUCAAGGGUGAUGCCAAGUGUUAUUGCAGUUGAAAGUCUUAAUGAAAAUUCAAAUGCAGAUAUGAGUGACAGUCUAAGUAGCAGACAAGCAAGCAAGAAUUUGCGUACCACUUCAAGUGGAAAUGGCGGCCCGAGCCAGAGCUCUCCGGAGAACAUAGCUGAAGAUUCAGCAGAGAACUCUGUGGAGAACCUGAUGCAGAGCUUGGAGGGGAACUCGGAUGACAACACAAACGACAGUUCCCAAGAAAGCUCCAGCGUGGUUGGUGGUGCAAUUAACGAGGAGGACUCUGUGGAACCCACGGACCUCCAGGACUCCAUAUCGAGUUCCUCCUCGGCGGCACUAGUGUACCCCCGCAACCCCGAUGAAGAGCAGUCAGCCAUAAUCAGCUCAUCAUCGAAUGACCAUGGUCGGAGGGACAUUCACAAAGCUAAGCGUGCUUGUGAUGUGAGCAGUUCGACGUCGGUGUCUGCGUCUCCGUGCCCAGUUGCACCAAUGCCUUCAACUUCUGCCGUCUUUGAUGAGCAGCGUCUGCCAGCUGCCAGUUCAACACCAUCCGCUCCUGAGCAGAACUCUCCCGAUCAGACGAGCGAGGGCAGCUCCACGGGCCACUUUCAACUGCCUUCCUGCUUCGGCGAGGACAAUGGCGGCAGCAGUUCCAAUGUCACGUCAGCCGAGCUGGAGAUUGCUGUGGUCUCCUCACCAACUCCUGAUGCUCAAGAGUUGGCGAACAGUGCGAGCGGCGAGAGCAGUGUUGCUGGUAGUGAAGAGCGAAGAAACAGUGCCGUUGAGUCAUCCGAGCAGGAUGGUCCAGCGGAAGUGAGCUCAGCUGUCACAACACAGCAACCUGGCAUUUCGUUGCUGCGUGCCCAGCGUGAAGAGGUGACAUCUGCGCAGAAUGGUAAUGGUUCGUCAUCCGCAGCAAGCAGUGAAGUGACGUCGGCAGUGUCGUGUCCGAAUUUUGAUAAUGAUGAUGACGACGGUGUUGAUGGUAACGAGGCCGGACCGCUAGUGAGUGAGCUUGUUGUCAAUAGUGACGAAGAAGAAGUGAGCACUGCUGAGGCUGUGUUAGUGCAUUCUGAAGGCCUGGCGGAGAUCACAUGCUCAACUAUUGAUGCUGCAAGUGCUUCGACAGCUUCUGGUAGCUUGUUUCACCUCAACACACGGCCUCUGUCUGUGUCCAGCACGGAGGAGGCGGAAUAUCUAGGAGGGUCUGUGGAAGUGGACUCCCACGAAGACAUUCCUGAUGCUCAAGCCUUCAGUGACGUGGGCACAAGCAGCAGCUGUGGUAACAGAGGUGAAGUGAUGGGAACCGAGGCCACUGUGGGAACUGUGCCACCAGCACCUGAUGAAGCAUCAUCAGACUCGCACUCGGGCGUCGAGUCGUCGCGCACUGUGUCGACAGCCUGUGACAGUGCUCCUCCAGCUGGCAACCAGGGGAACCUGAAUGGCGCUUCAGACCAGCCGAGCCAGUCUGAAACUGGGAGCGGCUUUUCAACGGCAUCUGCAGCAGAGGAACCUGUUGAAUCUGGAAACAUUGGGGAAGAAGUCUAUGAAUUACUGAUCUGCGAUUCUGAAGCCAGUGAGGGCAUCACAUCAGUCAUGGUCGACUCGGUGUCCAGCACCGUGUUUGGAGCACAGCGGGCUGCUGGCCCAUCUCCGUCCACAUAUCACUUAGUCUCCCUUCCGUCGUGCUCAUCGUCUGGCCCCAGCACAUCGCACUCACCUCCCACAAUAGAUGUGGCAUCACUCAGUCUUGCUUACCACAGAACUGAUGACGUGGCACACCUCGACACUUCAUCAUCUUCCUCAUUGUCAAGUAGCAACGGGCAACCCAUUGUGGCUGAUUCCUCUGCUGGCCUGCCAUUGCGUGAUAACACCGCUGCCUUGAAUAGUGUGCCGGGCAGCACUUCUAGUGGAAGUCAGCCAGUACAAGUUGACAAUGGGCACACCAGCAAUAACGGCAGUGGAAGCAGUGGUAGUAGCAGCAGCGGCACCAACUCGGACCCCGCGACACCGCUGAACAUUGAUGACUCCGAGACAUACGAAAACGGAGCAGCUUCGACGUGCUCAUCUGCUUGUGAUGUCAUUCUGGUUGGAGCUCAUGCCGGGGGAACCUCAUCCGAGAUCGUGGUCUUCGCAGAAGAGGAAGCAACAGCCAAUGUGACUGUUUCCUCAGACAACUGCGAUGAUGAUAGCAGCAGCAAUGCUGCUUUCGAAGAUGUCCCAGGCAACUUGCUGACCGUCAGCUCGUCGGCGUCUGUGCACAGCCACUGUGAACUGGUGAAUGGAGUGCCAGAUGAACACACAUCAACGUCAAGACUCGUUUUGCACCAAGAUGAAGACUCAGCAGCGAGUUCAGCCAUUUCAGACAUUGAUGCAGUGGUUGGCAACGUGGUGACUGUUGAGACAGUGAGGGAUAUUGUGGAACAGGUGGUGACCUCGUCAGCCUCUGUGACCCCUGUGUCACUGUCCCAGCCUAGCACGUCCAGGGGCACUACAGGGCCACAGCUCCUGCUCAAGAGGAAACGUCGUGUUAAUGCACUUAUUGAUGAAUCUUUGUGUGCCUCGGGGCAUGUGUCUGGUUGGGCGCGAGUGGCAUCAGGACUCCUGGACCGAGUGUGUAAAUUCAGAGGUGCCAACAGGUCGAAGGGCGUGCCUCCACCAGCACACUGGUUUUUAGAGCCAGUUGAUCCUGAAGAUGCUCCCGGUUACUACGACAUCAUUGAUCAGCCCAUGGACUUCUCGACCAUAAAGAAAAAACUGGAGAGUGGCCAGUACCGGGACAUAACGGAGUUUCACGAGGACAUGAUGCUAGUGAAGCGGAACUGCCAGACGUACAACCCUCCCGAUCACGAAGCAUCACUGGACUGCGAAGAAGUGUUUGCCUUCUACCUGCAAGAGUACAACCGGUUGGUCGAGAAGUGGCAGAAGAGCCACUUGCUGUCUUCGCCAAAGAGAUCGAAGCUGAGCUGAAAGUGACUUGGCAGUGCUUAGCGCGGACAAUUCUUGUGACCACUUUCCCGUGCACUGAAGUGUGUUCAACGGUGACAGAGCAGCAGCCCCGUAUACUUGGCAGGGUGCAGACAAGGCCAUGAGUAGCUCGUCUACGGAGCACACACCAGACCGAGAGCGCUUCCCUGCCUUCUACUUACAUGCAUGUGCUGUACAUAUGGGACCCAUGUGGAGGGAGUUGCCACAACAAUCAUCUGUACAUAUGUUUUUUUGGACAUCGUCAUCAGUGUCGUCGUGAGCGCACCUCCUCGUCUCCAUUUUUAUCUUUUCUUGCCCCUCAGAGCCAAACAGAUGGCCUUCAUCCUGAAGCUUUGAUCUGGUGUCACGUGUUGUACAAUACAAGUCUACAGUUUGUUUUUAUUCCAAGCUUAUAUAGUAUGUACAUGGCUGAUUUGCCCUGUAGUAUGUUGUACUUCUUUUCUUUUUUUUAACUGUCAUUUGUUGACCGUUUUUUUAAUUAUUAUUAUUUUAUUAUGUUGUUGACACCACUGCUUAUUGCCAAAAGUAAACAGUUGCAAAGCAGCGCUUGGACGGAUCGAAUUGCUGUGGCAUAUACUAUAUGUAUACUAUAUAUAUAUAUACACCUGGUGCUCAGAGUUUCACAUGCUUGUUCUUUUCACAUUUUUAUUUGUGAGAUUUUUUGGAAGCGAAAUACUUUUAAAUGCAUUUUCAAGAUCCCAUGCAGUGCACUUUGCAAGGCUGGCUGCAGUAGUCGCAACAGUCCGUUGGUCACAUGGUCAUAAAUGGUGGAGAAAUGUUUUGUUGAUCAUGAAAGGUGGAAAGAGAGAGAAAAAAAAUGUAACUUUGGCUUGUGUUUCGUGACAGUUUUUAAUUCUUGCACUAUUUUAAUAACACGCAGAAUUGAAGCAAAACGUGAUUUGCAGUUUUAGCUCCGGAGUGCAAGUUAAUUUGCUUUGUGCUGGAUCAUUGUGCUGUUCUGCUUCCCGCUUUGUUGGUGUGCGAAAAGAAUAGAAUAACGAUAUCUGCACAACAUGAAAGCUUAUUUGAGAAAUCUUGUAAUUAACUGUAAUUAAUUACUAAGCCAUAGCGUGUACAGAUUGUGGUCCCAUGUGUAAAUACUGACAGAUGUGUGUACAUACAAUGUACUAUAUAAUGUAAUUGUUAAGUUUGUGUCCUUCCCCAUCACCCUCAUUAGUGUAUAGUGUAUAUAUAUAUAUAUUGUAAGAAAAAGGAUAUUUUUAAGCCCUUGAUUUGUACAUGAAAUUGUGAUUCUACCUGGGCACAUUUUCUUUUUUUGUUUUUGUUUUUUAACAUUAAACUCUGUGAACGUGAGAUGCAGCUGAGUCGGGCACCCAUCUUAGCCAAGGUGUCUUUUUAGAAAUACUCAUCGCAGGUAUGGAUGAUGCGAUGGAGGGACACAGGGCCUAUACUGUGUUUUUUUUUUCUGGCACUGGAGAAUCGAGUCUACUGAUAUCUCAUGCUUGAGAAAAAAAUAAUAAAGACGUGGCAAUGUUG